AUGGAAAAACCCAAGAUAACUCAGGAGGACACCUUGGAGACCAGGAUGGAUGAACUACAGAGGCGUCUUUGUGAACUAGUGGAUGUGACCCUGGAUCCGGACACAGCCCAGCCCUAUCUCAUCCUGUCUGCUGACGGAAAACAAGUGAAGCGUGGAGACACACAACAUAAUCUCUCAGACACUCCAAAGAGGUUUAAUGAGGUUGUCAGUGUGUUGGGAAGAGAGGGGUUCUCCUCUGGUAAAUUCUACUAUGAGGUUCAGGUUAAGGGUAAGAGUAGGUGGACUAUAGGAGUGGCCAGGGAAUCCAUUAACAGGAAGGGGAAAAUAAACCUGGGCCCUAAAUAUGGAUACUGGACAAUAUGGCUGAGAGAUGGGAUUUACGAGGCUCAAAAUAAUCCCUCUGUCCCCCUCUCCCUAAAAGGGAAGCUCCAAAGGGUGGGGGUGUUUGUGGACUCUUACGCAGGUCUGGUCUCAUUUUAUGAUGCAGAUCGCUGGUAUAAUAUCUACUCAUUUGCCAAUGUCCCCUUUACUGAGAAAAUCUAUCCAUACUUCAGCCCUAGUACGAAUGAUGGAGGUAAAAAUUCAGCCCCUCUCGUAAUCUCCCCAGUCCAUAUCUGCCCAAUCAACUAA